UGUAGGUACCUCCCCAAAACAGUGUUGUACGAUGGUAGAUUCGGAAGUGCUAGUAACUUAACGAGAACACGUUUUGGAGGACAUAAGUUAAAGAAAAUGAUAUCAUUGCAGUUCUUGUCCACAAAGACGUCUUGAACAGAAAGUGCGCGAUUACGAACAGAAUGUCGUCCGAUCAGGAAAUGUUUUCUUUGUAUGAUAGUUCUCCGGAUACUCUAUUUGAUAUAUCCAUGAACUACAUUGUGAACAAUUUGAACAUUAUUACGAAACUUGACCCCACCAGUCGCUGGCGUAAGCUCAAAGACGAUGUCAUUCUGCCAGGUGAAAUAUGUGAAAGGUUUUUACAAGCAUACCAGAAGAAUAAUCGUGUGAACGACAAUAUUGCUAACUUGUUCCGCGACCAAAUGCGCACGAGGCUCACCAGUGUGAAGCUCCGCAACUCGCGUAUUACAGACGAGGGGUUGCGCUGUCUUAUGGAGCACAAGCCCUUCGAAGUGGAGUUAGUGCAAUGCGAGUACGUCUCACAAGCCUCAUUAGAUGUAAUCAACAGUAAUAGCCAAAAUCUAAUAUCACUUAAGUUUGGUACCAACACAUACAUUCUAUCGCCAGAUGAAAAUGUCUUUAGACAGAAAGGAUGCAUAAUAGACGCUCCCAAAUUAAAAAAGCUUACUAUUCGCCGAGGACUGUACAUAUUCCCUUUGCUGCUGCUGAAACCUUUGACUCAGCUUACUCACUUGGAUCUCUCUGAAUGUACAUCUGCUGGCUCGAUCUGGGCAUUGAAUGAGCUAAAAAACCUGGUAUCCCUAAUUCUACAUGGAGUACAAUGGUCCAAAGAUGUGAUAGAUUGGAUAGCAAGCUUGCACUCAUUGCGACAUUUGGAUAUAUCACAGUCUAGUGAGAGAUAUGGCAAAUAUACAAAUCCAAAUGAGGUCUUGACAAAACUAGUUACCAGCUUACCACAGUUGGUGUCAUUAGAUAUUUCAGGGACAAAUCUGGCUGGAACUGGGGCAGCAGUAUCUAAUCUGGAAGAAGCUGCAUUUUCUGGUGAUACAGAAAUGCAAGUGCGCUGUGAUAUACCAGGGCUUGUAAGUCGAGUGAACAACCCUUUAGAGUUCCUUGGAUUGUAUGGCACGCAUCACGGAGCUUGCAAGAGACAUGACAUACCGGCCAAAGUGAUCUCUGGAGAUGCAAAUGAGGAGCAGAUACUGACAGCGGCUACAACCUACAUGGAACGUCCACUGAUUCUCACUCGGGUCCUGAAUGAUCUCUACUAUUUGUUCCGUUAUGAAAACAAUGCGUACAUUGGCAGAGCUCUUUCUAUUGUGCUUGAUGCUAUGUAUCAACAUGUAUCUGAAAAACAUAUUCAAAUAUCUGGGAGUGCUACACUUUUCUAUAUAGUGAAAGGCAAGGAAAAAGCUCGUAUUGGCAUUACAUUGAAGCGGCGUAUCAUCACUGCUCUGCUGGACGGCAUGGAUGGCCACCUCGGCGACGACACUAUGAUGCGGAACGGAUGUCUCACAUUGUGCCAGUUCAAAAUACCUACUGAUGUGCUUUUCGAGUAUGAGCGUGUGGUGCAAAUACUGCUAAAUGGUGUUGCUGAUGUACAUCAAGAAGGUUUCGUGCAACGCAUCGCUAUCUAUCUGUUAAACUCCCUUGCUUGUCAGGUGGACGGUAAACAGAAACGAUUCCUUGGAAAUCAUGGCGCUAUAGCUAAAAUGCUUAAUCUGAUAUCGGACCGACUUGAGCGGCAGUUGUGCGAUGACGUGCUUGAGGUCGCCUGGUCGACCAUGUGGAACGUCACCGACGAAACUCCACAGAAUUGCCAAAGAUUUCUUGAGAACCGCGGCAUGAAACACUUCCUAGCAUGCCUCAAGAUUUUCCCAGACAAAGACGAAUUGCUGAGAAACAUGAUGGGUUUGCUGGGUAAUGUGGCGGAGGUGGCAGAGUUGCGACCUCAGUUAAUGGACAAAACUUUUCUCACCGUCUUCUACGAUCUGUUGGAUUCAUCCAGUGAUGGGAUUGAGGUGAGCUACAACGCAGCAGGCGUGCUCGCGCACAUGGCGUCUGACGGUCCCGAGGCGUGGACCGUGGACGAACCUGCGCGAGACGCCGUACUGCAGCGUGUGGCCGCCGCCGUCGAACGGUGGGAUUUACACGCCGAGAGAAAUAUCAACUAUCGCUCUUUUGAGCCCAUACUGAAUUUGUUACAUGCCCACCACACGCCACAGUGCCAACAUUGGGCCGUUUGGGCGCUUGCCAAUCUUACUACUGUUUACCCCGAGAAGUACUGUGGCUUAUUGGACGCCGAAGGUGGUCUUGUACAGCUCAAGGAUCUACUGACGCACCCGGCCCCGUAUGAGAUGAUCAAAGAUCUAGCCUGCAUUGUGAUUGGCAACUACGCCAAGUUCAAGUACGCGGCGCGCAAUGACCCUGAUCCGCCGACGUCUAGUUCACCGGACAAUUAACUAAUGGAGUUCUUUGAGGAGAUUACUCCUCACGUGGAAGAGUAGCAGUCUUGAGCUGUGAAAACCACAGGCUCUCACUGUGCGCCAUCGUUUUCGUCACCCGUCACUUUCACCUGUUCAAUUGAUAUGUUGAGCAAAAUAACACACACAGUGGAGCCAAAAUGCUCUAUUCGCAUGAAUGAACUAAGUGAAACAAUACAAAGAAACUUGAAAAUCAACACCACAGGUACACUGUGUUAGUACAAUAAGUAAAUUAUUGGUGGCGCCCGCAACUAUCUAUACUAAUUGAUUUUUAUUGAAUAUCACUAUGUAUUUUAUGGGAAAUUACUCCACUUGUUUAUUAUAGUUAUUCAAUUAAAAAUUCAAUUAAGUUAUCAAAUUCCUUCGAUCUGACAGGACUAGAACCUGCGUCUAUAUCAAACCAGGGCCAGGUUUUUGUAUUAAUAAUUUAUCUACACAUAUAAAUCGUUCAUCACAACUAGCCGGAUAUGAUGUUUUAUCGAGCUUAAAAUUACCCUUCGAAACAAACAUGUUUUUAACUAACAAAACGAGAAUUUUAACGAGUUUGUGUGUACCUCCUAGAGCUCUGUAGUAUAAUAAUUAUGUAGUACUAAUUAAAACAGGAAG